AUGCGUGGAGAAUGGAAUGGAUUGAAAGCUUUAAUCUUGGAUGAAUUUCCUUAUGCUUAUUAUGUUCAUUGUUUUGCACAUCGAUUGCAAUUGACCUUAGUAGCUUCAUCAAAGGAAGUCAUCCCUGUCCACCAAUUUUUCACAAAGUUGAACUCUAUUAUUAAUGUUGUUGGGGCAUCAUGUAAGUGCAAUGACCAGUUGAAAGUUUCUCAUGCCUCAAAUAUUGCUCAUUUGCAUAGUAUUGAUGAGCUUGAAAGUGGGAGGGGUCUUAAUCAAAUUGGUUCUUUACAAAGGCCGGGUGAUACUUGUUGGAGUUCUCAUUUGAAAUCUAUUUCAAGUUUGAUGAGAAUGUAUAGUGCAACAUGUGAAGUUUUACUUAAUAUUGUUGAAGAUGGAACUACUCAUGCUCACCAUGGAGAUGCCGAUGCAGCUUAUGAGUUGCAAGAGUUGAGCAAUAGGUUUGACGAUAAAGCAAUGGAGUUAAUUAUUCUCAGUUCAACGUUAGAUCCGAAAGAGAUACGUAUAUCAUUCAGAAUUGAUGACGUUUGCAAGUUGGUAGAGAAGUUGUACCCUCAAGACUUUGAAGAUUAUGAGAUUUUACUAUUGAGAGUUCAACUUGAACAUUUUGAACAUGUGUAG